GAUCAUGUUCGCUUUGUCCACCGGGCAACGAGACAGUAAAUUUAUUGUUUGAGAACCGCUAUACUCUGAAAGAUGACAUCAAUGCGAAAAGCGUGCUUGCGUUUCCACUUCCACGGAUGAGACAGCAUUGGAGAAUCCGCGCUGGGUGGAGCCAGGGGGCGUCAUGAGGUCACUCACCAUCACGGGUGGACCUGUGGCAUAAAAGCGCGUGAUGGGGGCAACAGCAGGAGGAGACGCACCGGCCAGGUGGAAAUCUCAGCGCUGACGUUUUGGGGAGGCAUGAUGGACAAGCUGGGCUGGAUCUGCCUCUCCCUUGCCAGUCUCUCUGGCCCACUCUGGGCAAUCCCUGUGGCCAGCGAAGGGUCCUACUGGCUCCCAGCCACUGAUGAAGAUGCCAGGAUAACUCUGGAGGCCCUGAGCAGCAGGAACAGAGGGUCCUCCCUCAUGCAGACCCCACAGGGAUUAGUGGGAGCACAGGUGGAAGACACUCUGAGGAAAGCAGGUCUCCAGCCCAGAGGCUUUAUGCCACCGAGGGAAAAUGUCAAAGAGGCACUCUUCGGAAACCUCUCCCAGAACACGCUGCUGAGCCGCUUGCUAGCCACAGACAGGAAGCAGUACAAGAAGCGUGGCAACCUCUCCGAAUGCUUCUGGAAAUACUGCGUGUAACUGAUGGCUGGGAGCGGCUGAUGGCCAACUGGACACCGCACCACUCCCCAUUCUGGCUCCUUUAUUUAUGUCAUCAAGAAGAAUCCUACAACCCCACAUAUAGAUUUGUGCAUAUUUAAAACAUAAAAAUAAAGAAAUGUGAAGCUGGCAAAAACAAACUGCACUCCA